UAUUCUUUACAAAGUAGCUCAACAGAAGAACCUUGAAGGCUAUGUGGGGUUUGCAAAUCUCCCAAAUCAAGUAUACAGAAAAUCAGUGAAGAGAGGGUUUGAAUUCACACUUAUGGUUGUGGGUGAAUCUGGACUGGGAAAGUCAACAUUAAUCAACUCAUUAUUCCUCACAGAUUUGUAUUCUCCAGAGUAUCCAGGUCCUUCUCAUAGAAUAAAAAAGACUGUACAGGUGGAACAAUCCAAAGUUUUAAUCAAAGAAGGUGGUGUUCAGUUGCUGCUCACAAUAGUUGAUACCCCAGGAUUUGGAGAUGCAGUGGAUAAUAGUAAUUGCUGGCAGCCUGUUAUUGACUACAUUGAUAGUAAAUUUGAGGACUACCUAAAUGCAGAAUCUCGAGUGAACAGACGGCAGAUGCCUGAUAACAGGGUGCAGUGUUGUUUAUACUUCAUUGCUCCUUCAGGACAUGGACUUAAACCAUUGGAUAUUGAGUUUAUGAAGCGUUUGCAUGAAAAAGUGAAUAUCAUUCCACUUAUUGCCAAAGCAGACACACUCACACCAGAGGAAUGCCAACAGUUUAAAAAACAGAUAAUGAAAGAAAUCCAAGAACAUAAAAUUAAAAUAUAUGAGUUUCCAGAGACAGAUGAUGAAGAAGAGAAUAAGCUUGUUAAAAAGAUAAAGGACCGUUUACCUCUUGCUGUGGUAGGUAGUAAUACUAUCAUUGAAUUUAAUGGCAAAAGGAUCAGAGGAAGACAGUAUCCUUGGGGUGUAGCUGAAGUUGAAAAUGGUGAACAUUGUGAUUUUACAAUUCUAAGAAAUAUGUUGAUAAGAACACACAUGCAGGACUUGAAAGAUGUCACUAAUAAUGUACACUAUGAAAACUACCGGAGCAGAAAACUGGCAGCUGUGACUUACAAUGGAGUUGAUAAUAACAAGAAUAAAGGGCAGCUUACUAAGAGCCCUCUUGCACAAAUGGAAGAAGAAAGAAGGGAGCAUGUAGCUAAGAUGAAGAAAAUGGAGAUGGAAAUGGAGCAAGUGUUUGAGAUGAAGGUCAAAGAAAAAGUUCAAAAGCUGAAGGACUCUGAAGCUGAGCUCCAAAGGCGCCAUGAGCAAAUGAAAAAGAAUUUGGAAGCCCAGCACAAAGAAUUAGAGGAAAAACGUCGUCAAUUUGAAGAUGAGAAAGCAAACUGGGAAGCCCAACAACGUAUUUUAGAACAACAGAACUCUUCAAGGACCUUGGAAAAGAACAAGAAGAAGGGGAAGAUCUUUUAAACCCUCAAUUGACCACCAGUUAUGUAUUAGUUGCCAGUAUGCCAGCUUGGACAUCAGUGUUUGUUGGAUCCAUUUGACCAAUCUGCACCAGUUUAAUCCUUAAUGAUGGAUUUAACAGCAUGACAAAAUUAUUAUUUUUUAUUCUUGAUGGAGAUUAAGAUGCCUUGAAUUGUCUAGGGUGUUGUGUACUUAGAAACUAACAGCUCUAAGUACCUUUCCUACAUUCUCUUUUCUUUUUUAUUAAACAGAUAUCUUCAAUUUAAUGCAAGAAAACAUUUUACUGUUGUACAAUCAUGUUCUGGUGGUUUGAUUGUUUACAGGAUAUUCCAAAAUAAAAGGACUCUGGAAGGUUUUCAUUGAGGAUAAAUUGCCAUAAUAUGAUGCAAACUAUGCUUCUCUAUAAUAAAUAAAAUAUAAAGGUUCCAUUCAAUGCAGCGUUUACAAUAAUGUAAUUUAGUCUAACACAGUUGACCCUAUUUUUUGACACUUCCAUUGUUUGAAAAUACACAUGGAAAAAAAACCCUAUAUGCUUACAAUGCACCUAGAGCUUUUUUAUAACAACCUUUUGUUUGUGUGUUUGUUUUGGAUUCUUUAAAUAUAUAUUCUCAUUUAGUACCCUCUUUAGUCAGAAUCUCAUUACUCCUUCAUUUUUGUAAUAACAUUUAAUUUAGGUAUUUUCCAUAUAUUGGUCCUGCUAAAAUAGAAUAUAGCAUCUUUCAUAUGUUAGGAACCAAAAAGAAAACUUUCCUUUAAUUCCCUUUUUACACUUCAUGGUAAGUAGCAGGGGGAAAAUGCAUUUAUAGUUCAUUUCUAGGCAAAAUUGUGAAGCUAACGACCAACCUAUUUCUACCUAUGUGCAGUCUCUUUAUUUUACUAGAAUUGGGAAUCAUGACCUCAAAAAGGAAAAAAAAAGUCACCAUUCUGCAUUUAGCUGUAUUCAUAUAUGCAUUUCUGUAUUUUUUUGUUUGUAUUGUAAAAAAUUCACAUAAUAAACAAUGUUGUGAUGUAAA